UCCUCUCUCUUCUAGAGUGCAGCGAUGGAGGAGACAGUCAUUUGGGAACAGCACACAGUAACACUACACAGGGCACCAGGGUUUGGCUUCGGGAUAGCCAUAUCAGGAGGUCGGGAUAACCCUCAUUUUCAGAGUGGCGAGACCUCCAUUGUCAUUUCGGACGUGCUGAAAGGAGGCCCAGCAGAAGGCCUACUGCAGGAAAAUGACAGAGUGGUUAUGGUCAAUGCCGUCUCCAUGGACAACGUGGAGCAUGCGUACGCUGUCCAGCAGCUUCGCAAAAGCGGGAAAAUUGCCAAAAUUACAAUCAGACGGAAGAGGAAGGUGCACGUCCCCAUGGGUCGCCUCGGAGAGCGGGAAACCAUGUCGGAACACGACGAGGAGGAGGACAGCUACGACGAAGAGAUCUAUGAAAUGCGAAGUGGACGCAGUGGUGCUUACAGCGGCGUGGGCGGGGCCAUGGGCCGCCGCAGCGGCCGGAGCAGCGGCCGGCGGGACAGAGAACGCGAGCGCAGCGGCUCCCGGGAGAGGAGCCUCUCCCCGCGCUCAGACCGCCGCUCACACAACCUCCCCCCGCGCCCCGCCAAAGUCACGCUCGUCAAAUCCCGAAAAAAUGAAGCAGAAUAUGGCCUGCGCCUGGCCAGCCACAUCUUUGUCAAGGACAUCUCCCCUGAGAGCCUGGCAGCCAGGGAUGGCAACAUCCAGGAGGGGGAUGUUGUACUGAAGAUUAAUGGCACAGUGACAGAGAACCUCUCCUUGAUAGACGCCAAGAAGCUGAUAGAAAGGUCAAAGGGCAAACUAAAAAUGGUUGUUCAGAGAGAUGAUAGAGCGACCCUGCUGAACAUCCCUGACCUCGACGACAGCAUUCCCUCAGCCAACGCCUCUGACAGAGAUGACAUUUCAGACAUCCAUUCUCUGGCAUCGGACCAUUCCAAUCGAUCACACGACAGGCAUCGCAGCAGCCGCUCCCGCUCCCCCGACAGACGGUCCGAACCCUCGGACCACUCCAGGCAUUCCCCCCCACAAAUCAGCAACGGCAGUCACAGAAGUCGUGAUGACGACCGUAUCUCAAAGCAAGCCUCAACUCCAUCCAAGCUCGCUGAGGAGGUCCCGCUGCCAAAACCGAAGGAGUCGGCUGUCGCAAGAGAGGAGAAACAGCUCCCACCUCUGCCAGAGCCCAAGCCUGUGUACGCUCAGCCUGGACAGCCAGAUGUUGACCUGCCAGUCAGUCCCUCUGAUGCCCCUGUGCCAAGCGCUGCCCACGAUGACAGUAUCCUACGGCCGAGCAUGAAACUGGUAAAGUUCAAGAAGGGGGAGAGCGUGGGUCUGCGGCUGGCCGGAGGGAACGACGUGGGCAUUUUUGUAGCCGGAGUGCUGGAGGACAGCCCAGCUGCUAAGGAGGGCCUGGAGGAGGGCGACCAAAUUCUCAGGGUAAAUAACGUUGAUUUUGCAAACAUAAUUCGAGAAGAGGCGGUGCUAUUCCUUCUGGACCUCCCUAAGGGUGAAGAGGUCACCAUUCUGGCUCAGAAGAAAAAAGAUGUGUAUCGGCGGAUCGUGGAGUCGGAUGUUGGCGACUCCUUCUACAUCCGGACACACUUUGAGUAUGAAAAGGAGUCUCCGUACGGGUUAAGCUUCAACAAGGGCGAGGUGUUCCGUGUGGUGGACACCCUCUACAAUGGGAAGUUGGGCUCCUGGCUGGCUAUUCGCAUUGGCAAGAACCAUCAGGAAGUGGAGAGGGGCAUAAUCCCCAACAAGAACAGAGCAGAGCAGCUCUCCAGUGUGCAGUACACCCUCCCCAAAACGGCAGGCGGCGACAGGGCCGACUUCUGGAGGUUCCGUGGUCUCCGCAGUUCAAAAAGAAACCUGAGGAAGAGCAGGGAGGACCUGUCCUCCCAGCCUGUCCAAACCAAGUUCCCAGCUUAUGAGAGAGUUGUGCUGCGAGAAGCCGGUUUUCUCAGACCAGUCGUGAUAUUUGGGCCCAUCGCUGACGUCGCUCGUGAAAAACUAUCAAGAGAAGAGCCCGAUCUGUUUGAGCUCGCAAAGAGCGAACCGAGAGAUGCGGGAACAGACCAGCGCAGUUCAGGAAUCAUUCGUCUUCACACCAUCAAACAGAUCAUUGACAGAGACAAACAUGCUUUGCUGGACAUCACCCCAAAUGCUGUGGACCGGCUGAAUUAUGCUCAGUGGUACCCAAUUGUAGUCUUCCUAAAUCCCGAUAAUAAACAAGGUGUGAAGAACAUGAGGACAAGACUUUGUCCAGAGUCCAGGAAGAGCGCCAGGAAGCUUUAUGAGCGAGCCAUUAAACUGAGGAAGAAUAAUCACCACCUGUUCACCACAACCAUCAACUUGAACAACAUGAACGAUGGGUGGUACGGCGCUCUGAAGGAAACCAUCCAGCAGCAGCAGAAUCAGCUGGUGUGGGUGUCGGAGGGCAAGGCGGACGGCACCACAGAGGAUGACCUGGACAUCCACGAUGACCGUCUGUCCUACCUGUCGGCGCCAGGUAGCGAAUACUCCAUGUAUAGCACAGACAGCCGCCACACCUCAGACUACGAGGACACGGACACAGAGGGCGGCGCGUACACAGACCAGGAGUUAGACGAGACCCUGAACGAUGAGGUGGGUCUGCCCACCGAGCCCGCCAUCACGCGCUCCUCAGAGCCUGUGCGAGAAGAUCCCCCGGUGAUACAAGACACCCCAGGGUACCCCGGAUACCAGCACGGCGUGCAGCCCGACCCAGCCAGCCGCAUAGACCCUGCUGGGUUCAAGAUGGCCGCUCCACAGCAGAUGUAUAAGAAAGACCUGUACAACAUGGAGGACCCUGUUCGAAUCAACCAUGGCCUGAAGCAGUCACUGAGCUACAGUCACCAGCCGUCGUUCCAGGACAAACAGCCAUACCGGGAGUACGACCACCCGCCUUACGGAUACGAUGGAGGCGGCUACGUAGAACCAAAGCCUCCCAACACUGACUCUCACCUGCACUACGACAACCGUGUGCCUCAUUACAAUGAACAGUGGCCCCCCUACGACCAGCAGACCUCGUCCUCCCAGCCCGCCGGGUUCAAGCCGGGCCACCAGCAACCCAUGGCCUACAGCCCCCGGUCCCCCUACGACGACGGACCCGGAAGGGACUACAGCCCCCCUCAGCCGCGCUACGACGAGGUUCCCCCGAUAGGCUACGACGGCAGACCCCGGCACAGCAAACCCGGGCCCGUUCGUUACGAUGAGCCGCCCCCUCUCCCCCCCGCAGGCUACGAGGCGCGCUCGCCAUACGAGGCAGAAACCCACAGCUUCCCCAUUAACUCACCUCGCUCACCAGAGCCCCCAAAGCAGUAUUACGCUGACCCUGGUCUGAGGCCCCACUACAUGCCAGGGCCUCAGAGCCGGGGCUACAAGCCAGGGAUGCACGAGUCCAUCAUGAACUCUGAACCCGCCAUCCCGCCCCCUAAACCCGACACUCUGCCCUCUCCGAGUGAUCCAGCAAUCACCCCGGGCUCCAAACCGCUUCCCCCUCCACCGCGGGAAGACCCGGAUGAAGACCCAGCAAUGAAGCCUCAGUCAGUGCUCAACAGAGUCAAGAUGUUUGAAAACAAGCGCUCCGUUUCCAUGGACAGAGCUAAAGAGGGGGGGGAGUCAUCGGUUCUCAGGCCUGCAGACGUCCCGAAGCCUGUCUCUGUGCCUGGCCCGGUCCUCAAAGCCAAUUCCCUGAGCAAUCUGGAGCAGGAGAAGUCCACUUACAGAGCUCCUGAACCGCAAAAGCCUCACACUAAGCCCCUGGAUGAUUUAAUGCGUUCCAACCACUAUGACCCAGAUGAGGAUGAGGAGUACUACAGGAAGCAGCUGUCCUACUUUGAUCGGCGCAGCUUUGACAGCAAGGCGAUGGGUCAGCCCGCUCCUGGCAUCAACCGCUUCCACGAUCUUCCCAAGCCCUCUCAGCUGUCAUACCCAUACAGCAGAGUGGAGUCCAUGGAGAAGGUGAGCCCCGUGGAGAAGAGAUACGAACCCUUACCCCAAAUCAGCCCCUCCUCGCCGUAUGGCCCCCCGCCACCCGCCGCCCCCCCCAGCACACUGCCCAAACUCAGCCCCAGUGAUGUUAACUCCAUAGCUGAACCUCUGAGUUCACCCAACCCUAAACCUGACCUGCCGGCUCUCAGGCCGGUCAGCAGGGACGACCCCUCGCCGGGCGGUUACCUCCCCCCGAGGGGCCACCCGGACAAGUCCCCCGUCAAUGGCACCGAUCCGGCCCCCCCCAAGACGCUGGGCGGCCCCGCUCCGGCCAGCUACAACCGCUACGUGCCCAAGUCCUACACCAGCGCGGCGCGGCCCUUCGAGCGCAAGUUCGAGAGCCCCAAGUUCAACCACAACCUGCUGCCCAACGACACGCAGGUGAAGACGGAGCUGCUGGCUAAGGCCGGCAUGGUCAGCAACAGCAGCGGGAAGCCGCAGCUGUCCCCGCAGCCCCCUGACCACGACAGCGGCCUGGACACCUUCACACGCACCGUGGACAACCGGCCCAAGUACCAGCACAACAACAUCAACGCCAUUCCCAAGGCCAUCCCCGUCAGCCCCGGCGCGCUGGACGACGAGGACGAGGACGAGGGCCACACGGUGGUGGCCACCGCCCGGGGGAUCUUCAACUGCAACGGAGGAGUGCUGAGCUCCAUAGAGACGGGCGUCAGCAUCAUCAUCCCCCAGGGCGCCAUCCCCGAGAGCGUGGAGCAGGAGAUCUACUUCAAAGUGUGCCGGGACAACAGCAUCCUGCCCCCCCUCGACAAGGAGAAAGGAGAAACGCUGCUAAGUCCGCUGGUGAUGUGCGGCCCGCACGGACUCAAGUUCCUGAAGCCGGUGGAGCUGCGCUUACCUCACUGUGCGUCUAUGACCCCUGAUGGUUGGUCUUUUGCUCUAAAAUCCUCCGACUCCUCGUCGGGUGAUCCUAAAACCUGGCAGAACAAAUCUCUCCCAGGAGACCCAAACUACCUGGUGGGUGCAAACUGUGUGUCUGUGCUCAUUGACCACUUCUGAAGAGGGCAACAGCUGGCCUGUUACUGAAUGUGAUUAACGGGGGCCCCCGCUGCGCCCCCCCUCCACGGCGCCGAGACGCACACCGCUCGAUGAAGUAUGAACUCCAUCCUCUCACGUUGUUUACUGUGUCCCCCCCCUCUCCCCCCCAAAAAAGAGAACACACGCUCCCACAAAACACACGCGGAGAGCCGGAGGAGUCCAGAAACUCUCGUUUGUUUCUUUUUGUUUUUCGGUGCUUUCAAGGCUUGCAAAAAAUGAAGAUUAAAAAAAAAUGAAAUAAAAUAAAAAUGUUUUAAAAAAAAGAGAGAAGAUUUAAACAAGUUAUCUAAAACAAAGGAACUGAAGUUGGAAUGCAUGACCAGUGCCACAGACUGAAUGAUCUCAUUUUGACAUUUUUAGCUAAUUUUUGUAAAGAUUUAGAGCAGGAGGGGGAAGAAAAAAGGAGAAUUUUGGGAACUUAUUUAAUAUUGCAAUGGGAUUUUUGUGUACUGUAUAAGACUUUAAACAAAAAAUAAAUAAACUCGCUCACAAACAGCAAAGUUUGUAUAUGCAAAACUUUUGUUUGUGAGUUCAGUGGUCAUGCUUUUCACUCAUGAAGGAUCUCUGAGGACUCGCUCAUGAAGGAAGAUGUAGUUUUCAUGAAGAUUUAAAAAAAAGAAUAAUUAUGAAGAAUGACAGUUAAGUAUUAGUAUCAGACGCCCGUUUUUGUUUGGACGGAGUGCUCUGUGGUUAAACUGCUGUUUUGUAGAGAAGUUUUAUCGUAGAUAAAUGUAAUGACUUGAUUUUACAAACUCCUGCUGUCUAGAGAUCUAUGCAUGUGCUAUGACUCAGGUCCAGAAGCCUGCUACUACUAAGUUCAACACAUGAAAACCCCAUCGUACACUGCAAGCAGUGAUGCCUUAUCUGCAUAUUAACUUUUCAGUGAAACUUUAAAAACAUUCGGGACCCUGAGUUGUAGCGAUCACUACGGAAGGAAAAGUCGUCUGUGUUCUCACGUCUUGGAUUUUAGCACACCAGAGAUAAUUGGGGCUUAUGAAAAGGUAUGCUUUCUUUUACUGCUAUGCAUCUGAAGUCUGAGGAAAUACAAAGCUAGAAGAUGUUUAAAUUGUGGCUGUACAUACUGCUAGCAUAUGGCCUUGGUUCUCUGUAAAUGAACUUUUGUACAUCUUUGUUAUUUUGUAUAAAAUAGAAAACCUUUGUUUAAAAAAGAGGAAGCGGUUACAUUGGUUAUGUUUGUAUUCUGGUUAUACCCCUGAGCCUUGGAACUGACAUAAGCAGUAAUAAGUCCGACUUUUCUACCAACAAAUACACAGACAGACACACUACGUAAGGCAUUUUUAACUGUCAGAAAACUUUUUAUUCUUAUUUACAAAAUAGAGAAGUGCUUGGUUUAACUGAUUUUAAAAGAUGUACUUGAGGGGGGCUGCUGUGAAGAGUGGUCCCUUCCUUUAUUUGUGAUACUGGAUGCUGUAUUGUGUGCCCUGAAAUGUAUUUUUGUACUAAUAGACAAUUUAUUAUGGCACAUCAGUACUAUUUUUCUUUUGAUAUGACAACACUGCUUCAACCCAACACUAGUUUCAUUUCCUGUGUGGCUGACAUUUUUUUAUUUAUUUUGGUUCUGGUUUUUCUUUUUCCAUUUGCGACACAUUUCUAAGUAUACCACUGUAUUACUAAAUAAAUUCAUUUCUAAAGUACGUGCCCACUGAAUUUGAUUGUUGUUCUGGGUGUUUAAAAGUUUUUUUUUUUUUUUU